CGGUGCACGUGCACGUGUUCGAGUGUCAUGAAAUGCACAAUGAAGUGGACUGUGAGUCACUUCCAACGACCGAAUACUGGAGAAGCUUUGCUGCUGUUGAUUAAGAAGUCGCCCUGAUUGGACGAGCCCGUCAUCCCGGCGGACGUUGCGCGCCUACUAACUAACUGGCCGCGUGCGCGAGGCACCAGGAGAGACUCACUGGCCGGAGGCGAGGGAGGGAACGCGGACGCAUGCACGCCAUCGUCACUUGGACAAGUUCAAUCCCAACUUGUUGUUGUUGUUGUUGUGGUUGUUGGAGGCGGCAGCGGCGGCGGCGAGCUGUGCGCGCAGCAGCAGGGGCAAGGAGCAGCGCGCACAUGUAGACGCGUUCACAGUCCUCACAUCAGUCUCCUUCUUCAAGACGCACGGAGAGGGCUUCCCAGCUCCAGAAAGAAACGGGAAGUCGAAGGGGUUUGUUUGUUUUCCCUCCCCCCUUUUGUUUUCUUUUGGGAGCGAAGAUGAACGCAAGCGACGAGAACCUGCUCAAGUCCAUCAGCAACGACGCGCUCCUGGACCUGACGCAGCGCUACGGUCAGUCGGCAUUCGGCUUCGGCGCCGGCCACGGCCCCGGAACCCCUGGCCGCUUCCCGCUCACGCCGGCCGCCGACUUCCUAACUGGUCAGACGGCCAAGUCCAACGAGAGCGGCGGGGAGCACACCAGCGACGACGACGAUGGCUUCGAUUCGCUGGAGUCCCGGAAAAGAGGCGCGCCCUUCGGGGACGACAAGCCCGGGGGUCCCCUGGCCAAGAAGUCCAAGGAGCAACGCUCCCUGCGGCUCAGCAUCAACGCCCGGGAGAGGAGGCGGAUGCACGACCUGAACGACGCGCUGGACGGCCUGAGAGCAGUCAUCCCGUACGCCCACAGCCCGUCGGUGCGAAAACUCUCCAAAAUAGCGACUCUGCUCCUGGCCAAGAACUACAUCCUCAUGCAGGCUCAGGCUCUGGAGGAGAUGCGGCGGCUGGUGGCCUACCUCAACCAGGGACAGAGCCUCACGUCCCCCAUCCCCGCCGCCCUGACGCCCUUCGGCCAGGCCGCCACCGCCGUCUACCCCUUCUCGGGCUCGGCUCUGGCCAGCUGCGCCGACAAGUGCUCCAACUUCUCGGGGACGCCGUCCACUCUCUUUAAACAUUGCAACGACAAACCUUGAUGCGCUCCCGGCACUCCGCUCCGCCGAACUUUUUUAACUGCGUACUGCAUCUCCGUCGCUCUUUCUGUCCCUCUCUCGUUGAUUUUUAUUGAAAUCGUUCUGUGAGAAAAUUGUGUGCGUCAUUCCGACCACGUUGAUGCUACGAUGUCUCGUCCCGAUCGGGCAACUAUUUUAGGCCUUGUCACUUUCUUGCUCGCCCCUGACACAGACCCGCUCACGAUAAAAUAAAAGCAAAUAAUCAAUUCAUUAAUCUAUGCAAAAGUAAGUCAUUCAAGUUCGACUAUUACUUAUAAAUUUUACUAAA